AGGACAGGUCAGGUCCACUCGCUGCAAACUUGUCCAAAGAAAAACAUCAGAACUUUGGGAAAGUUUCAAUCUUUCCCCCUUUCUUCCUCGUAACAUCCGUUGAUUUUCCACAAGGAUAAACGCGACUAACAGAUUAGCCACCUUCAUCUUUGAGCUCCAACACUCUCAAGAACAAAUGAAAGGGGCAUGUGUCAAGAAGAAAACCCAUUUGGUGAAUGACGCUGGCGAGGCUGAAACAGUCGGAGAAAGCGGGAAAAGAAGUGGAGGAGACGGUGGGUUUGGCAGUGAAGACGGCGGAGGUGGAAGUGGAGAGUCAGUUCUUCCCGAGAUGGGUGAUGAUAUGGACGAAGAAGAAGAUGAUGAAGAAGAAGAAAGAGGAGAAGGGAAAGAGGAAAGGUCAAAGCUUGAUGAAGGCUACUUCGAAAUCGAAGCUAUUCGCCGGAAGAGAGUUAGAAAAGGGAAGGUCCAGUAUCUAAUUAAAUGGCGUGGAUGGCCUGAAACAGCCAACACAUGGGAGCCUCUAGAGAAUCUACACUCUAUUGCUGAUGUUAUUGAUUCAUUUGAAGGAAGUUUGAAACCAGGGAAGCCUGGUAGGAAGAAGAAGCGCAAAUACGCAGGUCCUCAUUCUCAGCUGAAGAAGAAGCAGCAACGUUUAGGUUACGAUGCUGCUGAGAAGUCUGACUCUUCUACGUCUCUUAACAACUCUAGCCUCCCUGGUGUUCGUGGUCCACUCGACCUCAGUGGUUAUGUAGCCGCCAACAACAACCAAGGGGAAGCUAACAGUGGGAAUGUUGGUAUGGUCAGACAAGUUAGUUUGAAGGAAUAUGAUCCGACGCUAAACGAGUUAAGGGGACCAGGAGGUGAUAAUGUAAGAGAAAAUGGGUUUCUCAAGGUUUAUCCAAAGGAGUUUGAUAAGGACAGUCGUUUCAUAGGUGCUAAACGGAGGAAGUCUGGUUCUGUGAAAAGAUUCAAACAAGACGGAACCACACCUAACAACAACAACAACAACCACACCACAACAGCUACUACUGCAGAUCAUAAUCUGACACCAAAUUUAGACUCUUUUGGUAGAAUGGUAGAACCACACCACAAUAACAAUCUGUCUCAGAAAAGCAGAUUGGAGGAAUUAGACAUUGUGAGGAUCAUCCAGCCAGUGAGGUUUUCUUCAUCUAUAACAAACAAUGUACAAGACGCGUUGGUGACGUUUUCGGCGCUGAGGUCUGAUGGGAAGGAAGUAACGGUAGACAAUAGGUUUCUCAAGGCUCACAAUCCUCUCCUGCUGAUUGAGUUCUACGAGCAACAUCUCAAGUACAAUCCCGAAAGAUAAGAAUUUGUUUGUACACAGCACUUUGUAGGUAGAUAAAAAUUAGAUGAGCAACCUGUUCGUUUUUUUUUCACGUUCAAUCAAGUAAAUCUCGUCUUUUUCUACUUUUCUUAAACUUGCAUGUUCAAAGAUAAAAAUAUAUAUCUAACAAAAUAUGUGGAUCAG